GUGUACUUGGCAUUAGAGAAAGAACAUCUCACUGGACAACACGAGAUGGAAUCACAUGCGUUUGAACAAAUCAUAUCUUUUCUACACCAUCUAUUGGUCAGUGACUAAGCCUUGCCCCUCCGAAGGAAUACGGACGUGUAGUCGUGCUUGGAAAAGCAUGGCAACUGGCAUUAGACUGGAGACAAGGCGGGAAGGCAACAUGAAGCUCUACUUAUAUGAUCGGUGCUCUCUUCUGUUUCAUAACUGAAUUGCUGAGUACUCUUUUCCCAACUUCUAUUCAAUACAGGUUUUCGUUUGAAGCUCAGCUAUCACUUCACCAUGUCUUUCAAACACCUCUCCCUCCUCGCUUUGGCGAGUUACGCGUUGGCUCAGAACACUACUGUUCCAACCCUCGAAGCCGCUCUGGCAUCAACUGCCAGUCUCUCUGCCUUAUCAGGAGUUCUCGCCAUGUACCCCAACCUCCUUGGGACUCUGAAUGGCGCAACAGAUAUCACAAUCCUGGCGCCGUCAAAUGAUGCUUUUGGGGCAGUUGACAACGCAACACUCACAAGUCUGACCGCGAACGAAGGGCUCAUCACUGCCCUCCUCCAAUACCACGUCCUUAAUGGCAGUUAUCCUGCCUCCGCAGUUACCAACACAAGCACGUUCAUCCCGACCUACUUGACCAACCCGCUCUUCACAAACGUUACAGGAGGCCAAGUGGUUGAUGCUGUCUCGUCGGGCGACAAUGUCACAUUCUACAGUGGUCUUCUCUCGAAUUCAUCUGUUACUACAGCCAACGUCAACUUCACUGGCGGAAUCAUCCACAUCAUCGACAGGCUUCUCGUCCUCCCCGAAGUCGCUUCCGACACCUUGUCUGCCCUAGGCCUGACCUCGGUUCGCGGUGCGCUCAAUCGUACAAACCUCGUCGAGACUGUGAACACUACACCCAACAUCACUAUCUUUGCUCCCUCGAACGAAGCGUUCCAGAGCAUCGGCUCUGCUCUUGGUAAUCUUACCACAGAAGACCUGACUGACAUCCUGACAUACCACUGCGUCGCUGGCACCAUUGGUUAUUCCUCUGGCCUUGAGAAUGGAACUGAGCUCGAGACCGUCAAUGGCGAGAGUCUCACCAUUACCCUCGGGCAGAACGGCAGUGUGUUUGUGAACAAUGCCAGGGUCAUCACUGCUGACAUCCUCAUCGCCAACGGUGUUGUCCAUGUCAUCGACGAGCUUCUGAACCCCUCCAAUGAUACCGCUGCCAACCCUACUGCUACUGGGGGCGCCCCGGUAUUCCCCGGCGCUUCCUCUGUCUCAGAGGCUCCCUUCACGUCGGGCCAAGCCAAUCCCACUACCACAGUCGCGCCAGCGGCUACGUCCAAUCAAGCUCCUGGCCAGACCACUACUUCUUCAAGCAGGGCCGCCGCGGCUCCUACUGGCGUUGUUGGUAUGGGUGCGUUGCUAGGUGCUGCCGCCGUCUAUCUAUUGUAGAUGAGAUGGAGUUUAUUUGUCAUUGUGUACCAACAUGGGCACAUAAAACUCAAACACUAGCCAUGAGGAAGCACCGAAAUACUGCCUGGCUGUCUGUACGUGGUAACUGUCGAGCAGCAAAAGAUCAACCGCUCGAUUUCUAGCUUGCUCGGCUAGUAGAUCU